AUGAAUACCUAUCAACAACCACUGUCACCGCAACCCCAUGCGCCAUCCAACGUCUUCCGGCCCCGCCGAUCCGAUGACUGGCACGAAUAUCGCGAAAUCAUCGAGCAGCUCUAUCGCAAUGACCAGCUUAAGCUACGGGAUGUGAAACGCAUCAUGGAAAGGGAUUAUAAGUUUUUUGCAUCAGAAAAGCAGUACAAAGAUCGUCUCGCCGCAUGGCAUGUACGCAAGAACAUCAAGGCAAAGGAGGUUCAUCUGAUGCUCCGGAAGCAGCAGAAGCGUGCCGCUCAGGGCAAACAGACGGCAUUCCGAGUCAAUGGCCAGAAUGUCGACCCCAAGCGAAUCGCCCGCUUCGUUCGUCGCUACGGCACUUCCUGGGACCAUACUCGAGGCAAAGAACCGGAGACAGAGCCCCAGAGCCCUGAGCCUCAAACCCCCUCGGACAUGACCUGCUACACGCCAGAACCCGCAGACGAGAACAGCGUGACCACGCCCAUCUCCCCAUUAGAGAUCCAUUCGCCACGAGAAAUGCCGUCCUUCCCUCUCAACACAUACGGUAAAUCUACGGGCUCGAUGAGUAUGCGUAUCCCUGAUAUUGAUGGUCGCUAUCUCGCUCUAGACCCAAACCACCUCGAAACCCUCCCAGACCUCAUUAUAGACGAAGACCCGAACAUGCCCCUGACCAUGCACUCUAAUCGCAACAACUACCAUCAACUAGGGAAUGUCCAUGCUCACCACCCUGCGCACCCUACUGUUCAUCCUGUUCACCCUACUCACGGCCAUGCCGUUCAUCCCCAUGCUCAUGCGCAUUCUCAUCAAGUCCAUGCCCACGCUCCAGGCCCCGCGCCAAGGGAACUAGAGACCCCUGAUGUCGAUGCUCACCCGCCUGAUUGGAAUACCGUCGAAUCAUUCCAGACCCGUCUUCAAACUUUGGAUUACACCCUCUCGCAGUCGAUGUCCAAGUGGGCCAGAGAUCAGGAUCCUAACCAGGAGAUUCCCCACCACGAGGGAUUGGGGAUGUGA